AUGGCCAGCGGAUAUAAUCCUCCCAACUUUAUCCUUGACGCCGCAAAGGAGGAGCUGGACAAAGUGGUGUCAAACCAGUAUGCGCCAACCAAAGGUAAUCCGCGACUAAAAAAUGCAAUUGCUGCAGCGUAUUCUCCGUUCUUUGGGAAGCAAAUCGACCCUGAAGCUGAAGUAGUGAUUACCAGCGGGGCAAACGAAGGAAUGCUCAGCGCCUUUAUGGGAUUCGUGGAGGCAGGCGACGAGGUUAUCAUUUUUGAGCCAUUUUUCGACCAGUAUAUCAGUAAUAUCGAGAUGCCUGGGGGUACCAUUCGAUACGUCCCUUUGCACCCACCAAAAGACGGCGCAAAAAGAAAGACCAAGGCAUCCGAGUGGUCCAUUGACUUUGACGAGCUGGAAAAGACCUUUAACGAAAAAACAAGAAUGAUUACGACAAGCCAUAACCCCGUGGGCAAGGUUUUAUCUCGGGAAGAAUUAGAGCGAAUUGCAGAUCUUUGCAUAAAGUACAACACGAUCAUAGUCUCCGACGAAGUGUACGACCGUCUCUACUAUGUGCCGUUUACCCGUAUCGCAACCCUAUCCCCCAAGGUUGCAGAGCGGACUCUUACGGUGGGUUCCGUGGGUAAAAAUUUCUAUGCAACAGGUUGGCGUGUGGGUUACCUUAUUGGGCCCGAGCAUCUCAUCAAAUACGCUGCUGCUGCGCACACUCGAAUCUGCUAUUCUAGUGUCGCUCCCCUUCAAGCAGCGGCUGCAAUUGGGUUUGAGCAGGCAGAUAAACUUGGCUUCUGGGACCAGAGCAGGCAGGAAAUGCGCGGGAAAAUAGAAAGGUUCUGUGAGGUCUUUGACGAACUAGACAUUCCGUACACUGAUCCAGAUGGUGGAUACUUCGUCCUUGUAAACAUGGCUUCGGUAAAGAUCCCGGAAGACUAUCCAUUCCCGGAGUAUAUUGCCAGUCGUCCUCGCGACUUCAAACUGUUCUGGUUCUUAGCGAUGGAGGUCGGCGUCGGAACCAUCCCACCCACAGAGUUUUACACAGACACCAACGCCCAUAUUGGAGAGGAUUGGAUUCGGUUUUCGAUUUGCAAGCCAGAUGGGGAUUUGGAAGAGGCCAAAAAGCGAUUGCGAGGGCUGCAAAAGUAUAUCGUCCGGUAG